AUGUCAUCACUGCGUUUGCGUUUGUACCUACUUCCGCUGUUUCUAAUCGCGAUUUCUCUCGGAGAAGCCGUAACUGUCACCGACACUGACCUCCCCGCGUUUCGUGAAGCUCCGGCGUUUCGAAACGGCGAAGAAUGUCACAAAACGGUUUGGUCACCUUCGGAUCGAACACACAACCCUUCAAUCAUCCACAUCGCUAUGACACUCGACGCGAUUUACCUCCGUGGCUCAGUCGCCGGAGUUUUCUCCGUUCUCCAACACGCUUCUUGCCCUGAAAACGUCGUUUUCCACUUCAUCGCAACUCACCGUCGAAGCGCCGAUCUCCGCCGCAUAAUCUCCUCGACUUUCCCUUACCUAACUUUCCAAAUUUACCAUUUUGACCCUAACCUUGUCCGAAGCAAAAUCUCCUCCUCCAUUCGCCGUGCUUUAGACCAACCGUUAAACUACGCUCGGAUCUACCUCGCCGAUCUCCUCCCUACCGCCGUCCACCGCGUAAUCUACUUCGAUUCCGAUCUAGUCGUCGUCGAUGACGUCUCGAAGCUAUGGAGAAUCGAUCUCCGUCGUCACGUCGUCGGAGCUCCGGAGUACUGCCACGCUAACUUCACGAAUUACUUCACGUCGAGAUUCUGGUCGAGCCAAGGUUACAAAUCGGCUUUAAAAGGAAGGAAACCGUGUUAUUUCAACACCGGAGUGAUGGUGAUCGAUGUCGGAAAAUGGAGAGAGAGGAGAGUGACGGUGAAGCUCGAGACAUGGAUGAGGAUACAGAAACGACACCGUAUCUACGAGCUUGGUUCGUUGCCGCCGUUUCUGCUGGUUUUCGCCGGAGAUGUUGAGCCGGUGGAGCAUAGGUGGAACCAGCAUGGUCUCGGUGGGGAUAAUCUAGAGGGGCUUUGUCGGAAUCUGCAUCCAGGUCCGGUGAGUUUGUUGCAUUGGAGUGGGAAAGGGAAGCCAUGGUUAAGGCUUGACUCGAGAAGACCGUGUCCGCUGGAUUCGCUUUGGGCUCCUUAUGAUCUGUUUCGUUACUCACCGUUGAUCUCUGAUAGCUGA